GAGCGGCGAGGAACGAAGGCGAGAGGAGAAAGUAAUCCAGGUUGUGUUUUUUCUGUCUUCUCUGGCUCUUGAUGCUACGCCAGUGAUCCUGCAUAACUCAUAUGUUUACCUCUAAAUUUUCACGCCUUGGAAGCAAAUGAAGAUUUUAUGAGUUCUUCCCUGGAAAUGGCAUUGAAGCCGUUAAGUAAUAUCUGGAUUCGGCGACAGCAGUGCCCUUGUGGUGACUGGAAGUGUUACAUUAGAUUUGAUGGAGAUGAUCAGACAUCAGGAGCAAGUUGUCAGGUAACAAAGAGAGAGACAGAACAAGCAUCAUCGUCUUCGUACGACACCGUGUUCACGCCUUAUGUUGGUCAAAUAUUCAGAACCGAUGACGAGGCAUUUGAAUACUACAUCACUUUUGCUAGGAAGAACGGGUUUUCGAUCAGGAAGGCACGGUCUACUGAAAGCCAGAAUUUAGGAGUCUAUAGGCGAGAUUUUGUUUGUUACCGUUCUGGGUUCAAUCAACCUAGGAAGAAAGCCAAUGUCGAGCAUCCGCGUGAACGUAAAUCAGUACGAUGCGGAUGCGAUGCCAAGUUAUAUUUGACAAAGGAAAUUGUUGAUGGAGUAAUUCAGUGGUAUGUCUCACAGUUCAGCAAUGUUCAUAACCACGAACUUUUGGAGGAUGACCAAGUGAGGCUGCUCCCAGCAUAUCGGAAGAUACAGCAAGCUGAUCAGGAAAGGAUUCUUCUGCUGUCUAAAGCUGGGUUUCCUGUGAAUCGGAUAGUGAAGUUGUUGGAGCUAGAAAAGGGUGUUCAGCCGGGACAGUUGCCUUUUAUAGAGAAAGACGUUAGAAACUUCGUUAGGACGUGUAAGAAGACCGUUCAAGAAAACGAUGCUUUUCUUGCCGAAAAACGAGAGAAUGACAUACUGGAACUCCUAGAGUCCUGCAAAGCUAUGGCUGAGAGGGAUAUGGAUUUCUCUUAUGACUAUACAACAGACGAAAGUCAUAAGGUUGAAAACCUUGCAUGGUCUUAUGGAGAAUCUGUUCGUGCCUACUCGUUAUUUGGUGAUGUCGUCAUUUUUGACACCACAUAUCGUUCAAUCACCUACGGCUUGCUUCUCGGAGUGUUAUUUGGUAUAGACAAUCAUGGAAAGGCAAUUCUUCUUGGAUGUGUUUUGCUUCAGGAUGAGAGCUGUCGUGCUUUCACAUGGGCUCUACAGACUUUUGUCCGUUUCAUGAGAGGAAGGCAUCCACAGACAAUUCUGACUGAUAUCGAUACUGCGCUUAUUGAUGCUAUAGCUAGGGAACUGCCAAAUACGAACCACGUUAUAUUUAUGUGGCACAUUGUCUCCAAACUAUCGAGCUGGUUUUGUCAGGCUCUUGGAUCGCAGUAUGAAGAUUUCAGAGCCGGGUUUGAAAUUUUAUGUCGGACAGGGAAUGCAAAUGAAUUUGAACAGCAAUGGAAUCUAUUUGCCACUCGGUUUGGUCUUGCUUCAGAUAAGCAUGUUGCGCUGUUGUAUUCACUUAGAGCAUCCUGGUUGCCUUGUUAUAUCAGAGGUCAUUUUGUCGCCCGAGCUAUGACAGCUGAGUAUAAACUCUCUCUAGAUUCCUUCUCGAAAAGAAUUGUUGCUGGACAGACAUCCUUACAAGUGUUUCUUGAACAGGUCGGUGCUGCUGCAAGCAUGGCAUACCAAAACCCCGAACAGUUUCACAACCUGAAUGUGAAGACAUGCAUGCCUAUGGAAGAACAUGCCAAGAGCGUUCUCACACCUUAUGCUUUCAGUGUGUUGCAAAAUGAAAUGGUCCUAUCCAUGCAAUAUGCGGUGUCUGAAAUGCCAAAUGGUUCAUACAUUGUACCUCACUUCAAAAAAAUGGAAGGAGAAUGCCUUGUGUUGUGGAUCCCGGAAAAUGAAGAGGUCCAUUGUUCUUGCAAGGAAUUUGAGCAUUCGGGAAUCUUGUGCAGGCAUUCUCUUCGUGUGCUGUUCAUGAAGAACUUCUUCCAGAUACCGGACCAAUACUUCCUUCUUCGAUGGAGGAGGGAAAGCUCUCUUGUUCCCACGGAGAGUCAAAAUGGCCAAGGCACCAGUGACUUGUGUGCUCGAGAGUUUCACUUGCUCACAGAAACUCUGCUAACAGAAUCUUUGAUCUCGAAAGAACGGUUUGAUUAUGUUCGUAAGGAACUCUCUACAAUUCUUGAUCAUGUUAGAAAUAUGCCCCCAGUUGACACUUUUGUAUCAGUUAUGGCUUCUAAUACAGCAAGUGAAUACUAAGAGUUGUCUCUACUUCUUUGAUGUUCUGAAUCGAAAGAGCUUUUUGA